AUGGUCAUUCGAAAGUCGUCGGUGCCUUACCCGGCCUCCCCUCCACCUGCGCCGCCUGAGCCGCCCAUGCACCAAACGCACCUACAUGUUGAUUCGGCUGAUGUUCCUCCUGUUCCCUCCUAUGCACAACGAUCACAGAUGGGCUCCCAUUUUGAGGAGAUGGGAAAUCCAUGGCAGGACGAUAUCAGCUCCCGCAACGAGCAGGACCGACGCGACAUUCCCAACCUGCUGCGACCUGGGGUGAACCAGACUUCUGCACAAUCGAGAAACACUCCCCCGGACGUACCUGAUGUUCUGAAACCCGGAUGGUCCGGCGAGGUCACCCCUCGUUCCUCCUUGGACAGCGAUCGAUCCCCAGAAAGAGAGUGGUGGGACGAUGAGGACGAACAGAAGACGGACCAUGGGGAUCCUACUGAUCCGGGCAUAAAACAUUCGAGGGAGCUUCAUGUGGUAAACAACACUGCUUCUCCUUCCGAACCUGCUAUACAGUCUGCCUCUAUUGUCAAGCGCAAACCACUUCCGCAGAGUCAUUCACCUGCCCAAGAUACUCUGCCUACCUCAGUCCACCAGCCCGAAUUUGCCUCGAAUAAUCCUUUCAGAAGACUUUCGGAAACACACCAACCUGAACAUGCACCGGAAACUGAGAGCUAUUCCAGAUCAGGACAUCCACAUCCAUUACGAAGCUCACCCUCGAAAGACCAGCUAGGAAGACUCGCCCUUAACGAUGGCUUUCAAGAAAAAGAAGCGAUACCGACACCACCAUCGAUCGCACCACCUCUGCCUCCAAUGGAAGCGCCGCCUCCCAUACCACGGUUGCAGGAACCCCUCAUGCCUACACAGACCGGUAACGAUCAGAACCCCUGGGCAUCGGUGAAGCCUCCACUACCAUCACCCAGCUCUUUCGAGCCAAGGCAACAUUUUGACACAGUCCCCACUGAUGACUUGCUCGAUCGCGGACACCAUGAAGGAUCACUCUCACUUGGUGAAGAGCUUAGAGCGAUCCCCAACAAUCCUACUGCUCCGAGACCAUCAACAAUUCGCGAACCGUCCCUGUUAGAGAAUGAAGAGCCAGGUCCACCCAAACCACCACGACCCGUAAGGCAGGAGUCUGAUGAUCUUUAUGCUCCGCCUCCUGGUCUACCUCCAUCUCUCCAACCACCAGUGAAACCUCCACGACCUGCUGUUGUUACAAGUGAACGUGAUCUGGCCAUGAUGAAAGAGCAACGAAACGAAACGUAUCAAAUCAAGCAUUUCAACUGGUACGACUUACGAACCUCGAGAAUGAGACGAUCGUCAAUGUUGACCCAAAACCAGAAUGGGCCUUGUCCCCUACUUGCUCUUGUCAAUGCCAUGAUCUUGGGCGCCACGGAGGAAAUGCAAGCGGCGUUAGACGAAGCGCUACGGUUACGCGAGCAGGUGUCGCUGGGGUUGAUUAUCGAGACCCUAAUGGAUGAGCUUCUCACCAGAGCUGCAAUGUCUGACACUUUACGCUUACCUGAUGUGGACGAGCUCAACCGAUUUCUAAUGCGAUUGAGGACAGGAAUGAAUGCAAAUCCGCGCUUCGUGCCUGCAUCACAGCCAGUUCCUAACCUCAUGGACGGUGAUACACCUACUACGCCCGCAGCACCACGACCUCUGACUGUGGUUGGCACCUUCGAGACUACACAGGAUAUCAGCCUGUACAGCUCCUUCAGGAUCAAGCUUGUACAUGGCUGGCUGCCACAACCUAACGAUGAAGCCUCACGCGCCUUCGCACGAUCUGCGCAGACGUACGAAGAUGCUCAGGCAGUUCAAUUCGGAGAAGAAGAGCUCGAAUACAAGCUUUCGAAUGGAGGGCUAAAUCAGCAUGAGCAGCAGCUUUGGCAAGAUAUUACUUCUAUCAAGCAAUUCUUCCGAGCAUUCCCAACACAAUUGACGCCUUAUGGCCUUGGAGUCGUACAAGAAUCACUUGAACCUGGUGAAUUUGCGAUACUGUUUCGCAACGAUCACUUCAGCACGAUCUACAAGAAUCCUCGAGACCAGCGACUCUACACACUGGUUACAGACGCAGGAUAUGCUGAUCGAGAUGAAAUUAUCUGGGAGUCCUUGGAGGACAUCAACGGUGCUCGGACGGAACACUUUUCAGGAGAUUUCCAUUCUGCUCAACUCGCGCCACCAAGCACUUCGCACACUGCUGCAGCACUUACUCCACAGGAGCAACAAGAGCAGGCAGAUAUGGACUUCGCGAUAGCAUUACAGAUGCAGGAGGAGGAAGAGCAGGCACAAAGAAGAGCCCGGAAUCAGCAGCAGAACAGCCGAGGUGGAGGUGUGAGACCAGGCGAUCCCGCUCAAAGACCAAGAAGAUCGCAGGGCAACAUCCCGAUACCUCUGAGAAGCAACCCCGGCGGCGAAGUGAGACCUGUCAUUCCACCUCGAAACCAGAAUACGAACAGGAAUCCAGCCGUAAAUAGGCCAGCAGAUGCGGAUCAAGUCGAUGCGCCGCCUGCCUAUGAGGAGGCUGCCGGGCAUAGGCCUUAUGUUCCACCAAUAGGUAGUCCACUACACCCAUCGAGCUCGACUGAUCUGCCACUUGGCCGAGCUAGCACAAGCACUAGUAAUGUGCACGCUCAGGGUCAGACAACCGGGGUGACAAAUCCCAUGUAUAGACACAGCAGCUAUAGUGAUGCUCGGCCAGCUCAACACUUAAGACGAACUAGCGCUUACGGCGAGAAUACGGAAUACCGCUCGCCAGACUACCCAGCUGGUCCGUUUGGGCCGAAUCAUGCCUAUAUGCCAUCAGCUGGUUCAGAAUAUGGUAGGAGGAGGACAGCAGAUGGACGUGGUGAGAGGGACUGUGUUGUUAUGUAA